GCCAACUCCCAGCUGAAACUUGACUUCCAAACCACUGACACCCAACGGCGCACCCUGGAGGAUCAGCUGGACGUGACGAGGCGACGCGAGGCUGGGGUGACAGAGCAGGCCGCCAAUGCUGAGAAGGAGGUGCGGAGGCUGUCUGAGGAAUUGCGAGAAGCCCAGAAAGCCGUCACGCAAUACAAACAGGACAUGAGAAAAAUCGAGUUAAACCAGACGAACGCGUCAGAGCGGCUGAAGGAGGAGAAGAAAACGUACCUCAACAAUCUGCAACAGGAAUGGAACGGGUUGAAGAGUCGGCUGGAGAAGGAGCACGGGGCUGAGAUGGCCGCACUGCGAGGCCAAUCCGAGCGACUACAGACUGAGCUCGACGACAUGCAACACGAACUUCGGGCCGCCCUUCAUAAGAUCCGCGAGCUGGAGCACGGCCGGAUGGCGUUUGAGCAGCGGACCAGCGAGGACCUGCAGCGUCGCAUGAUGGUCAAGUACCGCGAUCUGGUGCAGGACCUGGCGCCGCGACGAGAAGUCUCCCCUCCCACCAUUCCUCCAAGCUAUCGGGCGCCGUUCGACCAAGAGAAUGCUGGCCCCUCCGAUCAGCCACCCGAGAAGAUGGGCCGUAAAGAAGCCCUCACCUCCGUGAUCACGAAAGCCCUGCAGAACCGCCAGAAACGCCAC